GCCCAAGAUCUAUUGUAACUGAAGACAACUGUUGAUUACUGGAGGAGAAAAAUGGAGGUCGAUCCCGACUAUACUGGUUUUAUAGUUAGUGCUACGGAAGAUGACCCACAAGUGGAAAGGUCAAGGAUUAUCCAAGAAAAUGCUCGUGAUGCUGCAGUUGACAAAAUCAGAACAAUCAUUGAUGACCAGUUUAACAAAGAGAUUGAAUUAAAGGAAGAUGAACUGAUGGCUAUAAAUCAGAAACUUGCUGAUGCCAGAUGUGUAAUGGAUCGAUUGCGAGCUUGUGUUGUGGCAAGCUUUUAUGCAGCAAGUUUUACUAAACCAGUAGAUGGUGCUAAAGGACCAGAUGCUGGGGCUGCGUAUCAUCCUGCUAUUCAGAAUGUUAUACGCAAGGCUGUCACAUCUGUUUUGAGCAAAAAAGCACCACCAUGUGUUCCACUAAUCAAGAAAAUAAAACCGAUCGAAGAUGAUCAAGAUAUUGACCAGGAUCAAAACGACUCUUCUGUAAAUGGGAGCUUAGAUGGACAUGAUGACAGUAACACCAUCGAAUCAGCAUCGGCUCCGGUUAAAGAAAAUCAGAAAAAGAACAAAAGAGGCAGAAAAAAAGCCAAUAUGGAAUUUAGAAACGAUCAUAAUAAAAUUGUUGGCAACAAUCUUGGCGGCAGACAACGCAUAAAAAAGACUAUAAUCGUCGGAAAUGUAUCAAAAUAUAUUUCACCAGAACAAAGAGAAGUCAGUGAUAAAUCAACACAUAAAUGGAUGAUUUAUGUUCGCGGAAAUGAAGAAGAACCAAGGAUUGAUCAUUUCGUUAAAAAGGUUUGGUUCUUCCUCCAUCCAUCAUAUCGACCAAAUGAUCUUGUAGAAGUUUGUGAAGCUCCAUUUCAUCUUACAAGAAGAGGUUGGGGAGAAUUUCCUAUCAGAGUUCAGAUACAUUUCUGUGAUAGAAGAAACAGACCAGUUGAUAUUAUUCAUGGAUUGAGAUUAGACAGAUCUUAUACUGGACUUCAAACUCUUGGUGCAGAGACGGUCUGUGAGGUAGAAUUAGAUCGAUCAAGUUUACAACUGACUGUGGAUGACAUGUUAGAUGUUGCUGAUCUACCAGAUCUUCCUGUUAGUAAUUCGCCAAUUCAUGAAGAGAAAGUUUCUGCUGCAGUGGAAAGUGGUACACCAGUGAAAGAUGAAAACGAGGAGGAGAAAUCCAUGGUUACUGAAGAAGAUGAUAUCGAGCUUGUCAAAGCAGAGGAUGAUUCAAUGAAAGAAGAACAUAUUCAUGAGCAACAAAAUGUUCAAUCUGCAGUAAAAAGUUGUGGUUCAUCAGUUUCUGAUACAGAAUCUAUUUCAAGAAAGAGAAAGUUAUCUCACGACAAAGAAACAUCAUUGGAUAGUGAAAAAGGAUGUGAAAUCGACAAAAAUGAGGAAAGUUGCAAAACUUCACUGGAUGAUGACGUUGAAGAGGAACAAGAGGAGUCUUCAACUCCUCAAAAGAAAAAAAGAAAACGUAGAAGAGAUAGUUGCAGAAUGUCUUCUGCUUCAGAUGACGAUUUUCUGUCUGAUACAAACGAAUCAGCGACAUUGCCAAAGUUGAAAGAAGAUCAAGCCGUCACAAAUGCUGUAGAAAGCAAGUCAGUUGAUAUAUCGGUAACUCUUGACACAACAUCAUCUUCAAAAUCUGAAGAAACAGAAGCUGAAAAGUCACCAAAUAUUGAGAGUGCUGAUUCAGCAAAAGACGAUUCAGUGAUAAGUUCAAACUCUAAAUGUUCAAAUUCGUCAGGAGUGUCUGAAAAUUUCAGAAAACCUAUUGUUGUUCUACCUCGAUCUGAAGUUUCUGGUAAUGGCUUUUUUCGGGUUCGGUCUGCCUCCGCAGGAGACGAUCUUCCGAUGAGAUCAUGUGCAAGUUUAAUAAAGUCUGGACAUAGUGUCACUCCUGUGCUCAAUGUGAAAGUUUCCAGUCCAUUGAAAGAAAAAAUGAAUCUAUCGAUAGAAAAGGAAACACCCACAACAGCAAUGACAGUUAAAGAAAACAUCUUAGAUUCCAAGACUUUGACAUCUCCAACCAAUCCAGCUAUAACAAAAUCAAAUGAAUCGAAACAAUCACCAAACUCCAAACUAUCAACAAUUCCUCUUACAGUUCCCCUCUCAUCUUUGUUUAAAGCCAGUGACGUAAAAACCCCUCAACUACUGAAAUUUGUUCAACCUCUGCCUAAAGGAACAACUUUUUCAAUCAACAUGGAUGCUUUGCCUGGUUCUGGUAUUGCUAAAAGAAACAAAAGAAGUUUCUCAGCUGACCAAUCACUAGUUAAAAACAUAACACUCUCACCACUCAAUGUUAAACCUGGUUCAAAUCAACCUGGUUUGCAGUAUCAUAUCAUAAGUCCUCCAUCCAAGCAAGGCCCAAUAGUGAAGAAAACCAAAGUUACAAAUCUACAGUCUCCUGUUAGUCUUCAAACGUUACAAGCAGCUUUAUCAACUGGUAGUUUAUCAAUAUCAACUCAGCCUAUGCAGAAUAAAACACAGAAUCAACCAGAUCCAAGUCCAAAAAGUGUGAAACAAGACUUGAGUCUCGGGAAACAGAAACUUGUAUUGGCCACUAUUGUAAAUCCAAAGGGAAAACAACAACUGGCUUUGAUAAAUCCAUCAACAUUAUCAUUGGGAACAUCGAAAAAGAUUUUAACUAUUGCAGGUAAGGCAUUUUCAGUGUCAACUGUGAAACAAUUACCACAGUCUAAGCAACCGAUAAAAUUGACAAAGGAAGUCACCUUGAGUCAGCAACAACAAAACAACACUCCUAAAGUUCUUGCUCCUAUACAUGUGCGAAUAGGUGAUCAGGUUGUAAUAAACAACAACACAUCUUCAAUUGUGGAUGAUAUUCUUCCACAUGUUAUCAAAAGAAUUCCACUGAUUAAAGAAAAUAGAAAUAUCACUGAAUUUCCAUUUUGUGCUAAAACUGAGUCUGAAUUUUUGGAAUGGAAUGUUGGAAAACAACGAGCAUCUGAGUGGCAAAGAGCUGUUUUGGUGCAUAAAGUUUUAAAAUAUAUCCAAACAAAAAGUGAGAAACUACAAAAAUGUGAGCUUCCAACAAAGAGAUUCAUCAUGAAUUGGUGUUUAAGACAUGGCUAUUCUGUUUUCACUGAUGAAUAUGAAGAAGAAACCGAUCAAAUGGAAGUUGAUUCUAAGAAUGGGGAGAAUGUGUUAGGAAAUGUUCCAUCAACCAUCAGUAUUGCAGAGGAACUGAUAAAAUCACUGGAAUCAUUGAAGGAAGAUAAUGCAAGGGAAGAUAACUCAAAAGAUGAUGAAGAUGUUAUAUUUGUUGAUGUUGUUAAUGUUGAUAAACCAGUGAUUGAAAUGUCUUCUAUUAAACUUGAACCUAAUGCUGAUGUUAAUAUGGAAGUUUGUUCUGAUGCGAAUACCAAUGCGGAAUUUACCAGAAUUCAGUCAUUAGCAUGUUUACCUGAAGUGUCUGUUGUUGAAGAGAUCACAAGAAAGAUCGGAUUACAAUUGCAAAAGACCGAUGGUUUUCCAAUCUGCCAUGUUAUAUUUGCGAAGGCGGUUCAACAGUUUGCAAGAACUUUACUUCGAAAAUCUCUUAGUGUUGCAUUAAAAAGGCGAGAUGGCAAGUCAUUGAACAGAGUUGCUCCUGGUGACAUUGAUGUGCUAGAUGUUGCCACUGCAAUUCGUGAAACUUCUACGUUUGAUUUUCUUACUGAUGUCAAUACUGCUAGUGCCAAUCUAACAUAGCAGUACGCAGUGAAUAAAUGAGAUGCAAGAUUAAUGGCCAACCAGUAAUGAGGCAUAUCUUUUUUCAUUUGUGCAACAUGAAUUGAGGGGAAGUUUUUUUUUACUUCAGGGAGACUGAAAAAUCUUUACACUUAUUAAAUACACAGAAAAUUGUGAUAUGGUAUUGUAUUUUGACUGUUUUGUCACUGCCAACUUUUUUUUAUUUCCAAAUAAUACUGUCGAGAAAAUGG